AUAUCGUUUCGUGGCAAAAGCGAUAUAUCGUGAUGAGGAUCACUAGAUAAUUUGAAUCAUAAUGUGUAAUAUAUUUUUAAUUACGAUAAUCCUAUUAUAUUGUUUAAUACCAGCGCAACUUGACAAGUAUGACGUUUUAUUAAUACCAGUACAGAAAAUACCGAUCAAAUCGAAAAAUGUGAUCUAUUCACCGUCAUUGCAAAGGCAGAGUUAUUCGAAGAGACUAAGGAAAGAUGACAUAGAUAGACUUGAUAUUGAGUCUUAUGAGGAACCAACUGAAAUGCCUGAUGUAGAUAGCUUUGACUAUGGCAAAGAUCGAGAUGGUGAAAGGACUGGGGAAUCUCAUGCAUACGACUUCGAAGCAAACUAUGGUGAUGAUAAAAUUGUUGGAGGUGAAGAAGUUGAUAUAGUUUUGUAUCCGUAUCACGUCGGCUAUGGCACCAACUGUGGAGGAGCUAUCAUUGAUAAACGAUGGGUUUUGACAGCUGGACAUUGUGGCAAGAAGCCGUACAUAAGGGUCGGUUCAAAAUAUAUUAACCAGGGAAGGAAGGUGUCUGUGAAGCGAAGCCACGUGCAUCCGAUGUGGGCAGCCAAGAAGAAGGAUCACCCAUUUGACUAUGAUUUCCAACUUUUGGAAUUAAGUGAACCUUUGAAGUUUGACGAGAACAUCCAACCGAUAAAACUGGCACAUAUUGAAGAUAUGGUCAUUGGUAAAGUAAUUACUGUUACUGGUUGGGGAAAUACUGAGGAAAAUGGACCGUACUCGAAUGUUCUCCGGGCGGUGAGGCUGCCUAUUAUAUCGAAGGAGCACUGCCAGAAAGUACCGUUCCCCUACUUCAGAGGCACUUUGACUGCUCGUAUGUUCUGCGCUGGAUUCGCUGAAGGAAAGAAGGAUGCUUGCCAGGGCGACUCUGGUGGCCCAGCGGCGGCCUACGACCGUCUCCUCGGCCUGGUCUCCUUCGGCUACGGCUGCGCGACCCCAGGGUCCUAUGGCGUCUACAGCAAACUCGCGAAGGUCCGAACCUGGAUAGAACAGACUACCGGCAUCCAAUUUGAUUGAAGGAUUUUGUACACGAAGUAAAAUAUUUUGGAACGUUUUGUAUUUUAUUCUUUGCUUUUGUUGACCAUUCCGAUUCGAUGUGAUAGUGGCUAUAUAAUAAAAGGUUGG